ACAGGCCGCCCGGGUGCCGCCCUCACGCCGGCCGAGCCCGGCCGCCCCCCGCCAGCCCCGGCGGGCCGGGCCCGCGCGGCGGCCGCGGCAGGAGGGGGGGCGGAUGGCGGCGGCGCAGGGCUGCGGGCGAGGGGCGGAGCGCAGAGACCCUGUGGCUGCCAUGGCCGCCUCCCCCUCCCCGCAGCCUCCCUUAAAUACUAUGGGGCCGUAGCUGCGACGGGCGCCGCUGCCGAGCGCACCAUGCGGGCUGUCAUCGCCUUGGCCGCGGCGCUGGGCAGCCUGCUGCUGGGAGGCUGCCUCCUGCGCCUGGGCGGCCAGCAGCCCCUCCGCGCCAGGGGCUGGGAGGAGGACUCGGGAAUAGCGGCUGUCACGCCGAAAGUGGUGCGAGCCCUCAGGUCACCCCUGACGCCCCCUCCUCAGACCGAGAACAGGUACGGGCUGGACGCCCGCAGAACAACUCAUAAUAAAAAUGGAAUUUACCAGUUUGAACAGGCUUCAAAAUGUAAGGCAAUUCAGGACAACAUUUUGUCCUCAUCUAUCAAGAAGAAAAGAUACUCAGAAGAUUAUUAUCUUCACAUAGUCACAAAACUGCAGAACUGCACCUGGGUAAGGAAACCAGAAGAAUCUACAAAAUUCAGGUCAGAAUUAGCUUCCUGCUGUGAUGCAGUUCACAAUUUUAUUGCUUCUCAAAACAACAGCCCACUGGGAAGUAACAUGAGUUAUGAAGUGGACAGUAAAAAGACUAUCCUCAUUACAGAGGACAUUUUUAAGAUGCUACCUGUGUCCUCUCCUCUUUCAGUCUAUCCCUUCAAGAACUGUGCUGUGGUUGGAAAUGGAGGCAUUCUGAAAAAUUCCAGCUGUGGAGCUGAAAUUGAUAGUUCUGACUUUGUGUUUAGGUGUAACCUCCCUCCAACCACAGGAAACAUUAGCAAAGAUGUUGGCAAUAAAACAAACCUUGUGACUGUUAAUCCGAGUAUCAUAUCUCAGAAGUACAACAAGCUAAAUGAAAAGAAGACAGAAUUUCUGGAAAACAUUGCAGUCUAUGGAGAUGCUUUUCUUUUACUGCCAGCAUUUUCCUUCAGAAGCAACACAGCCACUUCUUUUAAAGUAUACCACACUCUGAAAGAGUCCAAAGCAACCCAAAGGGCAAUAUUUUUUCACCCCACUUAUCUGAAAAGUCUUGCCCAGUUCUGGAGAACUAAGGGUGUGAAGGCCUACCGGUUGUCAUCUGGUUUUAUGAUCACUAGUGCUGCUCUUGAGCUGUGUGAGAAUGUGAAGCUCUAUGGCUUCUGGCCUUUCUCAAAAUCCACGGAGAAGAUGCCAAUCAGCCACCACUAUUAUGACAACCAGCUGCCUAAGCCAGGUUUCCACGCAAUGCCCAAAGAAUAUAACCAGAUCCUUGAGCUUCAUGGCAAAGGCAUUUUGAAGUUGCAGUUUGGUAAAUGUGAAUCGGACUAAAAAGGGUGAUGAUCCUAAGGAGACAAUUUGUGUAUAUCUCAGCAGUUCGGUGUUGGAUUUGAUCUGAUGUGAUUUUGUGAGCAUCAAACUGCAUAUAAUACAGUUCUACAAUAAUGCUACAAUAGAGAAAUAUUUUGCACUUGGGGAGAAAAGGGAGUGAUUUUUUUCACACAGUGACUGCUACAUUCAAAAAAUUUUGAGUGAUCCUUUUUUAAAAUACAAAGUAACCAUUAUCUGAAAAAUUCUACCCCUUACUGCUGGUUUAAUGGUAGCAAAGCACAAUCUCAGGAUGGUGGCAAUAUGUGACAUUCAUCAUGUUUUGCUUCUAGAGGAUCAUUAAAAUGUUUUGACAUAAGAUCUCUGGUUUUGUUGAUAUCACAUAGUGUAGGCAGUAGUCUCUGUAUGGUGGCUGCAUGAGUUGGCAGUGAACGUUUUCAAUUAAAAACUUCAUCCUGUAAAUACUGGCAUUUUUCUACAUGAGAGAAGUGAUGAGAAGAGCUGCAGAGGAGUAAUUAAUUCAGAGCCAUGUCAUUCUUAGUUUGUCCCAGGGUGCACAGAUGAGAAAAUCCCUCAGGUCAGAGGUAGUUAAGUGGUUUAUGGGCUUUCAUUCUGUGGGCAGUAAGUAGUGCUGUGGAUUUAAUGGGCUUUCAUUUUGUGAGCAAUAGAUGAUGCUGUGGAUUUAAUGGGAUCACUCAUAUGAGUGAUGUUAAUCAGAGCUUUAUAAUUAUUUAUAAACCACUCUACUUGCUUGUGUUCCAAUCUAGGGUCCUGUUAAACUCCAAAUGAGGACUGUGAACCUGGUUCCAUACUACAGUCCCCAGGGUCCUGGUAGGGCAUGACUUUCCAGUUCUGUGUCUUGGCUCAUACAUGAGAUGGAAUUUCCAUUAGGAAGAUGAUGGGUACCAAGCCUUUAAUUCAAUUUAUUGUCAUGUAGUGUAGCUUGUAUUCAUAUGGGACUACAGACAGUGAAACUACAUGAAGGAUUAUUAGAAGAAUGUUCCUCUUACCAUCAACCCCAAGCUCUUCUACACCAGGAUGUAUGAGAAAACUGACUAUAUUCCCCUAAUUUAUAACUUGUGUAGUUCUUUAAGUUUUCCAUAUGGUCCAAGAACACAUAUGGAGCAACAUCCUGCAGCGAGAGAAAGUAAAAUAUCAGCCCAGUGGGAAGAAUUACUUUAACAUUUACAGGAGCUUUGACAAGCAGUUGUACCCUAGGUAUUACUCCUUACAUGCUUAUAUGUUCUACUGGAGAAAAAAAAAAACCAAAACCCAACCAAGCAAGCAAACAAAAUUUAAAAAUUGUAAUAACCAGAUUCUGAUAAGAGUUUCAAUGACUGUUUUGAGAGUCCUUUGAAUGGUUAGUUCAAAGAUAGAGUGUCCUUCUUUUAAACUCAGAUACUAUCAGGUAAUUUGUUUAGUAAAAUUCCUUUUGCUGCUGCAACAUUAAAUCCCAAAUCAACUGAUUUAAAGAGCAUUCAGUAUUCCACUCUUUGAGGAUUAUAUCUGCAAAAAAAAUCCCACUUAAAUGAAUUGGACCUUAUAAAAUAAGGUUCAGAAAAGCCUUCUAAAUUUAUACUUCAUAAGAGCAUUACUGUAUUGUAAUAUUUGAAUGCUUACCUUGCAGGAGUUUUAUAAUCACACAAACACUCCUGGAAGUAUUAGAAUCAAUCAUUAUGGUUACAGGUCUGUUGAUUGAAACACAGUCAGCAUCUGGAUCCAUUUCCAGAAAUAAUGGUAUCAGAAUCCAGUAUCUACUCAAGCAGAAGUGUUCAUAAAUUCUGACUGCAAUAUGAGCAAUAAAGUCCAUUUUUGAAAAAAGAGGUAAAAAAUACACAGUGCUUUGAGGCAAUAACUGAUGCCACUACUACUGACCUCUGUGUGUCAGUAGAGUCUUUAACAGAAACAAAGACAGCAGAAUUGAGCUGAUGAGUCCAUCUGCAUUACCAGCUGGUAAAUGGAAAAGGGAGCACAGGGGUUUGAUUGACUGUGAUCUGUUCUAGUUCCAACAUCACAAACCACAUUUUUUUCUUCCCCAGAUGAGAGAUUUUUGCCAUUUUCUGGCCACAGUAUCUGCUGCUCUUGUGCAGAGAGCUGGCUGCUGAAAGAACCCACACCCACAUUAUGAGUGUUAUGGAUGAUUGCCUAUUGCAACAUCCUAGUUAUAGAUCAAAGACAAAUUUGCUCCCAAAAGAGCAUCUCCUCUGCUAAAAAUCACUCACAUGGAGUGCUUUUAAUAGAAGCUGUGCAAAGUGAUGUAGUUGUCCUUUGGGUGAUGCAAACAGCUGAGGUUGAGGACAACCCUGCUGCAUUUCAUCCAGGCAGACAGAGGCACACCUGUGUUCAGGUAAGGACUGUGACUUACUCCAGUCUAGUGUAGAGCAGUGAGGUGGUCUUGGCUGUGUAGCAGCUACAUGGUUUGUCUUGGGGAAAAUUCAUACAUCUUUUGCAGGUUCUUACAUACUAUCCAGAACAAUUGCAAGUGCGCUGUGUGCACAUAGAGAUAAUGCAAGAUCAUUCUUUGCUCAGACUGAAUUCAAUUAACUACUCAGCCUGAGUAAAGGGGCAAAACCUGGUUGUGUGAAGUAGAUGAUGGGGAGAGGAGAAAAUUAAAUUUAUUUGCAGCAACUUCUUUCAAAAGCAUUUGUUAGUUUCAUGUGGCACUGUCUCAGUGAAUAAAUGUAAACAGUGUGCUGUGACACAUCACAAAGAGCUGAAGUUACUGUGUAUCAGAACUGUUUCUGUGCAGCUACAUUAUUUGAAGAAAACAUGUUAGCAUUACCGGAAAGAUCAUCAGAAUACAUUUUAAGAGAGGUUUAGCCAAAAAAAGGAAAUCUGUUCUGGCUUCCUUGAUGAAAAGAGGUCUUAGCUGAAGGGAUGUGAUAUAGCACUCACAAUUGAGAGCAAAUGGAAAUUUCUGUAGUAUGGACAGCCACUGAUUUUAGCACUGUUUAUGCAAAGUUUAAACUUGCCAAUGACUUGAAGACCUGAUCUGCCACGCUCUCAGGGCUCUCAGUGAUUUAUGUGGACCACAGGGGUGAGAAGAAAUUGCUUGAAGGAAUUGUAGACCUUUCCUACCCUCUCCUACAAAUGCUCUUAACUCUCCAUAGAAUAAAAACAUACACUAUUAAACUUUAGAUUAAGAUCCUCAGGCCUUGCUGCAGACAUGAAGUUAGUAGGAGAUGUUAGUUUCAUCCACGUCACUCUGCAGGAGGGCAGACAUUGUCCUCAGCUUUGUUGUAGCUACUGGUGCUGUGUGCUCGGUGGCUGGGUCGUGUUAAUUCGGAUGCAGGCUGGGCAAGUUAAUAGUGGCAUUUCUGCAUCACAGGGUACCAUCAGAUUGAUCAAGACUUCUGAAGUACACACACCAUGGGAAAUUAUGUUGUCUUGGGUAGCUGAAUACAUUCGUUCUCAUUCAUUUUACACUUGUGCCAGGUUAAUAAUAAUAAAUGGAUUUGGUACCUGGCGGAGAAUGUUUAUGCCACUUUUGUAAGACUGAGCCACCAUCAGUUUGGACUAAGGAUUCUUGACCAAAAGUUAGUAAGGACCUUUCAAUUCCCUCUAUUUCAUAUCAGGAAUAUUCAUUUUUAGGGUUUGUGGACCUUCAAUGCCAUCACACGCUGUGGAAUGAAUGUUGAGAUUAAAUAGUUUUCUAAAGAUAGAAACCCUGACAGUGUGCUAAUAUUUCCACUGUACCUUUGCAGAAGCUGACAGUGUCCUUGCACGACUGCCUCACUGCAUCAUUAGAUUAAAGCCUGCCUGGCUGCUUUUAUUCCUUUUUCUCUUCUGACUCUCUAAUGUUGCAUCCUCCUUCAGGAUCCAGUGCUGCCUUGAGUUGGUUAUUUGUCUCUUUACCCUGUGGAGUGCUAUCAGCCCUGUUUAGUGUCUUAAGGGGUUUGUGUGACUGUGAGUCAAACACUGCUAUGCUUGUAGCAUAGUAAAACGUGCUGUAAAUGACUGGGUUUGCACCUCAAGGGAGGCAGCUUGGUGUGAUAUUCACAUUGCCUAACUGCAGGUACUAAAGCUGCUCUGUAGUUCCAUAGUGACUUAAGCUGGAAUGGCUGCAAGGUGCAGUCCCCAUUCUUGUGCUGCCCCCAUCCCUGUGUCUGGCCUUGGCCUGUCCCACUUUGGCACCCUGAGAUGGCAAAACCCAACCACGGCAACAGAAUGAGAAAAUUGGUUCAUGCCAAGAGACAGGGGAAUUUCACAGUCAAAGCAAAGGAGGGGGUGAGACCACGCAGGUGGGAUUGUAGGGACACAACAGGUGCCUUUUGUGAUCUGACUGCUGUUGGACAGACCCAGUGGUCCCCUGAAAGCUUGACCAAGUUCAGAAGGUAACAUCUCUGAGGGCUUGCCUGGUCAGAAGGGAGAGAUGGGCCCCUGCAAGGGGGAUUGGCAGCACAGAGCUGUUCUGGUGGGCUGGAGCCCAUCUCUCUCUGUGGUGCUAGAAGGUGCUUAUGGCAUCUACACUAAAGACUCUAGGUGCCUACACUGCUGAUUAUUGCUCACCCUUCUCUCUUUGCUGUUACAGUCAUUUUAACAAGCUGGUGACCCCAGCAGAUUCAGAAAUGACAAGCAGAAAAAUUUCUCGGUUCACUGAUGGUAAACUUGCAUAAACUUGCUUGUUAUUCAGCAUUCCUUUGUGUUCAGCCUCUUCUAAUCGCAGCAUCUAAAACAGCAUCUACAGGGAAUAGAGGUGAAUGAGGUCUGAGGGGGUUGAAACCAGUUACUCUCACUUUGAUUCUCUUUCCUUUGUGCAGUAGUGAGAUGACUGACAUACCACCAUGCUUGACAAAAGAUUAAAUUGUCUGUCUUGAGUGACUCAGGAAAAGAAGUUAUCUAGGUGACUUCUGACCGUCUGUGGCUCCCUAAUUUACUAGCAAAAUAUUCCUGUUGUUAGGUACUAGUUGAUUUUAUUUAGUGCAAAUAUCUGGAUCAGUUAAUUUAUCUGGGCUAAUUGAGCCUGCACAGACUCCGUGGUGGAGCUGCAGCCUAACACAGCAAUCUAGGUUUAAAUCCAUUUGACCUACAGAUCUUUUUUUUGUCCUGUCACUUGCACUGCUGUGACAGGUUUGUGGAGGGAGGUUCUGAAUACCCAGGCAGUAGCUCUUCCAUGGACACUCAAGUCCACAAAGCACACGUCCACCUGUAUACAGGAGUCUGUGAGAUCAAACCCAAUGAAUAUUCUGUGGAGUGCUUUAUUCUGCAACGGCUCUAACUCAAACAGUUGAUAGCCACUUGCUGCAUGCUCUGAAGCAGAGGACGUGAGCCUUUUAGUUAAAGACGUCUUAGCGGAACAUAUUCAAAGCCAGGUAAUCCUUCAUCUUGUGGUGAUGACUUCAGCAGCAGAUCUCUUUAAUCUCUAAGUCUGCUAGCAAACAACAGUGAUAAGGGGGCAUGACUGACUCUAUUUUGAAUUCUCUUAUUUUAGGCAGGACCAUCCUUUGAGUUUCUGGACAGAAAAAUUUCAAAUGCAGCCAAUCUCUCAGAGUACUCUGGGGAAAUCCUUAAGGCUUUUCACCCACAGCAUAAAACAAGUGGGCAGAUUUAUAUUUAUUAACCUUUGUUCCAAAUUUUCAUAAAGUAUUUAAUUGGCUCCAGAUUUUCAUUAUGAUCAAGUAGAGCAGAAAUACUCUGCAGCAUGCCACUGAACAAAGGGACUGCUGCUGUUAUGUAGUGGUCUCCUUUCAUAAGGGCACAUUUCAGAAUACCUUCCUAUUCUGGGAACACAGCUCACCAGGAGAGUGACCCGGGGUUACUGGGUUACAGCUACAGGAGUAAGUGUCAGUGUGCUCUCGGUGUCGAGAUUCCAGCAGUGCAGCAAGAGCUUAACACGAUGGGAGAACAUCAGCUUGAGUUUGCCAUCCAGCAAGGAGUCAGCGUAGUACUGUCGUGGUGAUGGAGCUCACAUCACUCUGAGCAGGGGCAAUAACUGCCCUUGGGUGGCAGGUGCUGGCAGAUGCUGGUUUAAGGGUGAAGACUGGCUGUGACUGGAGCCAGCAUCCUCAUGUUGCCAUCAAAAGAACAUUCAAGUCUGUCUUUUGCUGGUGUACCUUCAGCAAUACAUCAGUGUUUGUUGCUGAACUUGGUACUUCUGUGUUUUUGUUUCAUCUCUCUUUUCUCCAGUGAGGGAGAAAACUAGCAGUGCAUGAUGGAAGUAUUUAAUGAUCCCAUCAUGGUUUCAAGGCAAGAGCCCAUCAGAAUGAAUAAUGCAAAUGGUUGUGACAGGGUAGCCUAUUGUCAAUAUUGCUGGGUUUAAAUUCCUCACUGUUCAUUUUAGUCCCUGACAAGAGGAGAUUCUUCACAGCAAGUCUGUAGGCCAACAACAUGCUUCUCACCUCUUGACUCAGCUUCCCUAAAAACACUUCCUCCUUGGUCUGUUUAUUGUCAAUGUUUACAAUACUAACCCAUUCCUGAUAUCUUGUGACAUUGAAGUAUAACAGCUGACAUUUCUGCAUUUUUAUAUGUACUAUUUUUAUAGUGGCUUCAUAUGUAUUCUUUAUGUUAAUAUCCUUGAUAUUCUUUUGAGUACCUAAUUAAAAUUAUUUUAAAUGUUCUUCUUGUUUAAUGCCACCAGAGUAAAGUGUGUGGGAAGUUACAUAAUGCCACCUAAAAAAACAGUCACACAAGCCAAAAUCAUUUUAAGUGUAUUUGACUGGUUUCUGGAGGAGUAUUUUUGUUAGUCAUUUGGACACUUGCAUCUUAGAUUUACCUUUCUAAGACAGGCCUAAGAGGCAACCUCUGCUUCUAAUUUAGUUCAAGAUUUGCAAGGGACAAAACAGGUGAAUGGAGAGGUCCUACACAGGACUGCUCCUCAGUGAUGGCAGAUGUGUGGCUUUUCAGAGACUGGUCCAUGUGCCAAAAUGUAAUGUAACCAUGAUAGCUUUUGCCCAGAGUUUUCAUUGUCUCUUCAAAUGUGUAUUGUUUGCAUUCAUUUCAGCUCCAUUCUUUGCAAUGCAAUUGUCAAAGCAGAGCUUACUCCCCCGUGGGGCUGGUAUAAUUGUGCUCCUCCACAUGCACCAAGCUCUCUGAAGCUGCUAGUGUAGGCUCUGCUACUGCUGUUCCAAAAAGAUUCCUCAGAUUCUCUCAGUGCUGAACUUAUUUAUGUUUUCAGAUGUGAGCUUGAUAUUGUCUGAGUAGAAUGUGUGCAGCGUAACAUAGAAAUGUCUCUGCGCAGGGUUUAGGAGGAGGCAGGAGCCCCUCAGCCAUGUGUGUGCUUUUAUUACAGAAAACCAAGAUCAAGUUGUAUCGUUGAGUCAUCUGUUACAGCUGGUUUAAUUUGUACUUUGUUUUCCUGUUUUAAGUGCCUGAUGAUUUUUUUGUCAAGGAGGCAAUGGUUUCAUUGUUAUAAGGCAUACUUAGAAUUCUGUACUUGUUACCUGUUCUGUAAUAGAAUAUUUUUGCAAUUUAUGUUUGGAAAUAAAGACUUAUUAGGCAUAA